AGAGUGACUUUCGCUGUGAAGGGAUUGAGUUCAUAAUGAAUUCAACUUUAGAAAUGAUAUUUACCGUGAACAGCACGAUUCUCCCUCGCUCUGGAGAAAACAGAUCAACUUUUCAUCUGGUGCUAGAAUCAUUAAGCUUGAUUAUCAUCAUGCUUGGAGCGAUUCUUUUCAACGUCCUUACAAUCACCAUCAUCGUACGUGUACGCAACCUGAGAAAGAGUCCCCAUAAUAUCUUGGUCUUCAACCUAUCCGUGGCGGAUCUGGGUGUGGCGCUAGCCAGUAUGACCUUCUCACUGGCUUCUGUCUUUGAUGGGGGAAGUUUUUUGAUAAAUCACGAUGAUGUGUGCAAAAUGAAUGGAUUCCUCUCCAUCAUGUUCUCCUUCACCAAUCUUCCCAUCAUUCUCUCCAUCGCCGCCGACCGUCUCCUAAUCGUCGUUUUGUCCCGCCGGUACCCUCCAAACCGCAGCCGUGUCUUGGUCAUGGUCUCCUUGUCCUGGCUCGUAGGGAUAUUCAUAGCAUCCAUCGGUUUGGUGAUCGGGUACGAGUACGACCCAGGCACGAAGCACUGCACUCGGAUCUGGGAAAAUGAUGUCCUUCGACUCGGUUGUAGCAUUCUUUACCUGGGAGUGACGCUCCCGUGUCUGGUCGCUGUCUACGUCGUCAUCGCGUACUUCAUCAGGAAGGAGGGCCUGAGUCUUCGAAGCCACCAGCUUUCGUCCUCCAUGCCCACUUUGAAGUCGUUGUCGAAUAUGCCAAAUAAGAGCCGGAGCCAGUCGAUGGACUCGUGUGAAGAAUCAGGGACAGGGGUGACCCUUCCCCGGCCAGCCAUGAGGAGACGCCAACCUGAUUCAGCCGAUGAUGAAGAUGAUAUCAGCUACGGAAGGGAGUCGAACAGUAUCGGGAACAUCAACUCGACGUGCUCGAUGACGAGGAGGGAGAAAAAGGCAAAGAUGAAGAGUCGACGUCAGCGACAUGAGGCUCACAAACGGGUCAUUCUUAUGGGGGCGCUGCUUGUUUUCACGACUGUCAUCUGCUGGACUCCAUAUUUGUUGUAUCAUUCAAACUUCAUCCGGGUCAGAGAGGCGGAGGGAUAUUGGUUUGGUGUUUUCACUAUGUGGUUAGGCUACUGCAACGCGCUCUUUGAUCCUCUCAUCUACGCCCUUCUCAACAGACGAGUCAGGAAUGAACUGUGGAAGCUAAAAAGAAAGACAUUUGCACGUUACCAAUCCUGAAUACUUUUGUUGAUAUUAAUAUGUUAGCUCUUUAGUUAGCAACAUACUACAUUAUGAUAUUAAAAUUGACGUGCCAACGGAGAAGCCGUCACUACAAUGAAAUUUCGAGGUCUGACAAUCUAUAUAUUCCACUUAUCAUGGAUUAUCAUUAUCAUGAUGAUAAAUUUGCUGUUCCAUUCUUUAUAACCAUUGUAAUUUAGAAAAAUUGUCAAUGUAUUAAUAAUGCUUUCUUACAACGUGUUACCUUCUUAAGCUUUAUCCUUUUUUAAUGUUGCUAUGUUUGAAUUGUUGAAUUUCAUUUAUCUCGUUUAUAUACGCAAGAGAAUCAUCUCCAAAGAAUACUGAUAGGCCUGCCGCCUAUUAAGAAAGAAAGUACUGCGUGUAAUUGUCUUCAACAGCGUACUUCUUUGAUGUCUCACAAUCUCACAUGGAUGUUUUGUUGAAUGUUGAAUUGAUAAUUUUGUAAAAUAUUGUGAUUAAUUAAAAAAUAUUUCAUAUUUUCAAGUGUACACAGAUUUAACUAUUCUACAUGUAUAAUUCACACUUUAAAAUACAUAGGCUCUCUCAUUUAC